AUGAAUCACGACAGUGGCACUAAUACGAACACUUCAAAUCCGAACGGACCACUUCCAUUCUCAUCAAUCAUCUUUGGAGCUGCAACUUUCAGUGCAAGUUAUAAUGAUUCAAGUAAAUUAAAAAGUGAAAUUCCAGAAAAGACUUUACUAAAAGCUCUUAGAUCAGGUAUUAACGCAAUCGAUACAAGUCCUUAUUAUUUUGGUAGUGAAGCUAUUCUAGGUAAAAUUUUAUCAAAACCCGAAAUCCAAUCUGAGUUUCCUAGACAUACUUAUCAUCUUUUGACGAAAUGUGGAAGAUAUGGUCCAAAAAUUCAAGAUUUUGAUUAUAGUCCUGAUCGAAUCCGUAAAUCAAUUCAAGAAAGCUUCAAAUUAAUGCACACAACAUAUUUAGAUGUAGUUUAUUUACAUGAUAUUGAAUUUAUUGCAGAAAAACUUGAUGAAAUCGAUUUGAAUCAAGUUCAUGAUCAAGUUAUAAGAAAUCCAAUCAAACCUUUAGGAUCUGGUGAUCAACUCAUUCUUAAAGCAAUUCAAACUUUAUUCCAAUUAAAACAAGAAGGUAAAAUCAAAAAAGUAGGCAUCAGUGGUUAUCCUCUUCCAACCCUCUUAAGAAUCUCUAAAUUAAUUCACCAAGAAUUAAAGACCCCAUUAGACAUCAUCAUGUCAUACUCAAAUUAUACACUUCAAAACCAAAGCUUAAGACCAUAUGUUGAUUUAUUUCAUCAACAAGGAAUCCAACAAAUCAUUAAUGCUUCACCAUUUUCCAUGGGACUUUUAACUACUCUUGGUCCUCAACUUUGGCAUCCAGCUUGUGAUGAAUUAAAACAAAUUUGUCAAGAGAUUGGAAAGAUUUGUCAAGAAAAAUAUCAAAGCAGAUUGGAACGUGUUGCAUUAAAGUUUGGAAUUCAAACUGUUUUGAAUCAUCAACAAGAAGAAGAAGGUAAGAUUGAUGCGUUGGUAGUGGGAUUUUCGGGUGUUGAGGAAGUUGAAGAAUUCGUGGAGAUUCAGGAUGAACUUUUGAAGCAAGAUCGUGUUCAAGUUGAACGUACGAAAUUCAUUGAGAUUGGAAUUCAAGAGUUCUUUAAACAAUCUGGUUAUCUUAAUUGGUGUUGGCCUACUACUUAUUUAAGAUAA